AUGGCGCCCGCAGAACCGAGCAACGGCGGCAGCGCAGGCGGAGAAGCCACUAGAGACCAGGCGCCGGUCAAGGCUCCUUCGAAAGAGCCCAAGAAGAAGGACGAUAAGAAGGAUGAAGAUCUUUCUGAGGAGGACUUGGCUUUGAAGCAGCAACUGGAGUUGUAUGUGGAGAGGGUACAAGACUCGGAUUCUGGACUGCAGAAAGUUGCGCUGGAGAGCAUGAGGCAAGAAAUCCGUACUGCAACCAGCUCUAUGACGUCAGUUCCUAAGCCACUGAAGUUCUUACGUCCUCAUUAUGGGACUCUACUAGCUCGAUAUGAGAAAAUGGCAGAUUCAGAUUUGAAGAAAUUGCUAGCGGAUAUACUUUCUGUUUUGGCCUUGACCAUGUCCCCUGAAGGAGAAAGGGAUAGCUUGAAGUUCCGAUUACUUGGUUCAGAAGGGGACAUUGGUUCAUGGGGUCAUGAGUAUGUCAGGAACUUGGCUGGGGAAAUUUCACAAGAGUAUGCCAAACGACAGAGUGAAGAAGCCUCAGUUGAUGAUCUUAUGGAACUUGUGGAGCAAAUUGUUGCAUUCCAUAUGAAGCAUAAUGCUGAGCCUGAGGCGGUUGACCUUCUUAUGGAGGUUGAAGACCUUGACUUGUUAGUGGAACAUGUGGAUCAUGCAAAUUAUAAACGGACAUGCCUGUAUCUUACCAGUGCUGCAAAGUACCUUCCAGGACCAGAUGAUUCGUUAGUUUUGGAUAUUGCUCAUUCAAUUUAUAUGAAAUUCGAAGAAUAUCCAAGAGCACUUCAAAUAGCCCUGUAUCUUGGAAAUUUGCAGUAUGUAAAAAAACUAUUCGAAACUUGCCAUGAUCGUCUCACUAGGCAGCAAUUUGCCUUCAUUCUGGCUCGUCAUGGUGUUCCCUUUGAACUUGAUAAAAGCAUGAUCAAGGAAGAUGAAGAAAGGGAAGCUGUGCAGGAGCUCAUCAAUAAUAGCAAGUUGAAUGAAGGCUAUCUUACACUUGCUCGUGAUAUUGAAGUCAUGGAGCCAAAAUCUCCCGAGGAUAUUUACAAGGCACAUCUACUUGAUGGACGUGGUACUGGUGGAGGAACUGUUGAUUCUGCCAGGCAGAAUUUGGCGGCAACAUUUGUCAAUGCAUUUGUAAAUGCUGGUUUUGGACAGGAUAAGUUGAUGACAGUUCAAUCUGAAGCAUCCAGUGGUGGAGGUUCUACCACUAGCUGGCUCUUUAAGAACAAGGAGCAUGGAAAGGCCAGUGCUGCAGCAAGUUUGGGCAUGAUUCUGCUUUGGGAUGUUGACUCUGGGCUUGCUCAACUAGAUAAAUAUUUCCAUAGUACUGAUUCACAUGUCACUGCUGGUGCUUUACUAGGAGUUGGAAUUGUGAACUGCAAUGUCCGAAAUGAAUGUGACCCUGCUCUAGCUCUUUUGGCAGAGUAUGUGGACAAAGAAGACACUUCAAUUAAAAUAGGUGCAAUAAUGGGCCUAGGUCUUGCUUAUGCGGGUUCUAAGGAUGAGCAAGUUAGCAAUUUAAUAAUGCCUCUACUUGGAGAGGGCAAGUCAUCUCUAGAUGUGAUUGCGUUUGCUUCCAUCUCUCUGGGCUUGGUAUAUGUGGGUUCUUGCAAUGAGGAUGUUGCCCAAGCAAUCAUAUUUGCGUUGAUGGAUCGUACUGAGUCAGAAUUGGCAGAUCCCUUGGCUCGUUUUUUGCCACUGGGUCUUGGUUUGCUUUAUCUUGGGAAAGAAGAAGCAGUGGAAGCUACUACUGAGGUUUCAAAAACCUUCAAUCAGAAAAUUAGGAAACAUUGCGACAUGACCCUGUUGUCUUGCGCGUAUGCAGGAAAGGGGAAUGUUCUAAAGGUACAACACCUUCUUGGUCAGUGUGCGCAACAUCUUGAGAAGGGCGAAACAUAUCAGGGCCCUGCUGUUCUUGGCAUUGCUAUGGUAGCUAUGGCUGAGGAACUGGGGCUUGAGAUGGCUGUUCGAUCAUUGGAACAUCUUUUGCAGUAUGGUGAGCAGAACAUUAGGAGGGCUGUUCCCUUGGCCCUUGGUCUGCUUUGCAUAUCAAACCCCAAGGUCAAUGUCAUGGACACAUUAAGCAGGCUCAGUCAUGAUGCAGACUCAGAAGUAGCAAUGGCAUCCAUCAUUUCGUUGGGUUUGAUAGGUGCUGGAACCAACAAUGCCAGAAUAGCUGGAAUGCUUCGGAAUCUUUCGAGCUACUAUUACAAAGACGCCAGCCUUCUGUUCUGUGUGAGGAUCGCUCAAGGUCUUGUCCACAUGGGCAAAGGGUUGUUGACACUAUCACCAUAUCAUUCUGAACGUUUUCUUUUGUCCCCGACGUCACUUGCUGGACUUGUGAUUAUGCUGCAUGCAUGUCUGGAUAUGAAAGCUAUCAUGUUGGGAAAAUAUCAUUAUGUUCUAUACUUCCUUACUCUUGCCAUGCAGCCAAGGAUGCUAAUGACUGUGGAUGAGAACCUUAAACCUCUUUCUGUACCUGUCCGUGUGGGUCAAGCUGUUGAUGUUGUUGGUCAGGCGGGUCGACCCAAGACCAUCACAGGUUUUCAAACUCACUCAACUCCUGUUCUUUUGGCUGCUGGUGAUCGAGCCGAGCUUGCAACCGAGAAAUAUAUUCCAUUGUCGCCCAUUCUUGAAGGGUUUGUCAUAUUAAAGGAGAAUCCAGAAUACAAAGAAGAGAGUUGA